CUCGCGCAGCUUUCGCUUUCAUUUAACAGGAAGAGUCAGCGUUUAAAGCGUGAAGCCUGGUGAAGGAAAAGGACUCAAAAUGUCAGAACCAGAGGAACAAAUGGAAUGGCUUUCACAGGCUCCGACGUCUCACGCCAAUUGUGACGUGGAUGAAGCUCAAGUCACUCUAUCUGUCCAGUGGUCAGAGGGACGUCAGCCACCGAAGAGUAAUACAAAACUAGAGAAGGCUCUUCAGGCAUGGGCCAAUAAAAACACAAUGAAUGGAAACUACUCAGUUUCCAAAGUCUUAGAAGAUGGGAGCGCUGUGAUAAAGAUUCAACCAAGUCCAGCCCUGAGUGAGCUUCAGAAACUUUGUGGACAAACACUGCCUGUCAAAGAUGGCAAACCAGUGAAAGUCAUGACUAUUACGCUGGCACCACCAGGGCUGGAGACACAAAUAUCAGACAACACUUCAACAACCUCUGCUCCUCCCCAAUCCAAGUCAGAGCCCCAAGAUAUCGAGAAACAAAUAGCAGAGGCGGCUUCAGACAUCGCUCCUCCUUCACCUGGGUCAAAGCCACGAACUGAGCAACCUGUGGAGCAAAGUAAUACCAGCAGUCCAGAAGCAGUUUCCCCAGCAGAUGAAGAGACGCUUAUUCGCAUGGGCCUUUUCUGGUACUUGAACCACAUCUACAAAAAUGAAGUUGAACAUAUAAUGACAAAGAAUCAGGUUACAAUAACUUCAAAUGCACACGUGACAUUUAAAGCACAGGAAAAUGGAAGCAUUCAAAACGCCUCUACUGACUUCCAAACCCUUGUAUCCAAGUGUUUGAAUGAAUUCAGUGGUGCAGAGUUUUCUCUCAAGAACACAGAUUCAAAACAGUUAAUGGACGUACUGAAAAACGUCCAGGAGAACGUCCAGGAGAAGGAGAACAAGCUUCUGCUUACUUUAUCCUCUGAACAAGUGAGCGUAUGCGGGCCAAACCAGACUGUUGAUGCUCUCCAGAAUUAUUUGAGUCCAUCAAGGUAUAUGAACCCUUCUGUUGAAGAGUCUACAGAGGCGCAUCAAUACACAUCAAGCAUCCGUAUGAGCAUCAAAGACCCUCUCCUCGACUCUGGGCUCAGCAUUGAGGAGAACUACUGGAAGCUGAUUAAAACUUCCUUUGGUGAGAAAUUAGCAAUGAUUAAAGAUAAGUUUGGUGUCGACAUUCAAGAAUCAGUCACCAGUCAAGGCCAAGUACAAGUCAAAGCUCACUACAAGAGAAGUGGAGGAAAUGCAUCAAUGGAAAGCCAUGCUCUCAGAGCUCUUCUCCAACUUUACCAGAAGAUUGCCACUUCCCCCCUCAACUUCAAGCAGCCCCAUGGUGCCACGGUGCUCAAUGGCUCGCUGAAGAACUCUGGUGCUGUUCAUGCGUCAGAAGAGGCAUCCAGUGGAACUGAAUUAAACAGAAAACCAGGAUACAACACACACAACACUGAGGAACCUGAAGGAGAGGGAGCCACAGCAGGAGACACCAAAGAAGAAGAAAACUGUUCGAUAUGCAUGGACACAUUCAAAAAGAAGAAACAGCUGAAGUGCAAACAUGAGUUUUGUGAGGGAUGUCUGGAACAAUCAAAGAAAAGUUUGGGACCCUGCUGCCCUUUGUGCAAAGAUGUCUUUGGUAAGAUGGAGGGAGACCAGCCAGAUGGAAAAAUGAACUGGAGAUCAGGUCACAGUUCCCUCCCUGGAUACCCACAGUGUGGCUGUAUAGUCAUCAGCUAUUGGAUUCCAGGUGGAAUACAGACGGAAAAGCAUCCGAAUCCUGGAAAGCGCUAUGAGGGCAUCUCCAGAGAAGCAUAUCUGCCGAACAAUAAAGAGGGCAAUGAAGUGCUGCGCCUGUUGCAGAAAGCUUUUGAUCAGAAGCUCAUUUUCACUGUCGGGACGUCAAGGACAACCGGGAAGGAGAACCAGGUGACUUGGAACGAUAUUCACCACAAAACUUCAAUCUCGGGCGGUCAACAAUGUUUUGGGUAUCCUGAUCCUGGUUACCUGAGCAGAGUCCGAGACGAGCUGAAAGCUAAAGGCAUCGUGUGACGGGGAAAAGUUUGAUUAAACGAAGAAAAGGAAAAAUUAAUGAAGAUAUUACAAUUCUAUAAGUUGGCUGUUUCUAAUCUUCAAAGUGUUCUUAAAAAGUAGAAGAUGAUUUAAGGUGCAGCGGGCCGCAUUUACAGCUUUAAGAGUUUGUGUUGAAGCAAAAUGUUGAAUCUUUCAUUUUAAAUGUUCUUUUCUUCAUGAAGUAUAUCCAUUUAUUGCAGUUGAUUGAUAACGUUUGGUUGAGAUUAUAAUGGUGGAAGAAUACAUGUUGAAUAUAUAGAUUGAACGUGUAAUAUGAUAUCAUGUUUGUCUUUUAAUGAUCAUUAAACAAACCCACACAGACCCAUCUGUGUUCUUCUAUUCAUCAGCACAUGUGAGAAAAUAACACAAAACCCACAGACUUGUUUUCUGUACAAUUUUUAAAGUUUUAUUUAUCACAAUAUCUGUUACUUAGUUUGUAAAGUACUCCAGCAAAAAUUAAACAUUAUUCUCUUUCCAGAAGAAA